AUGGCCGCUACUCCUAACGCUCUUCAGCUCCUCACCGCCAUGGAUGCACGCAUCACUGCCAUUGAAAACGACAUUAAGAGUCUCACGACCAUCGAACCGUCUCUUCUGUUCCUACACAACCACUUUGAAUUCUUCCGAAACCUUGUUAAUGGCCUGGAUCCGAGACUAGCUAUGAUUGAGAACGCCGUAACCGUCGGUAUCCCCGCCCAAAUCCACAAGCAAACCGAGAUGGACAAGACCGAGGUGGUUACCCAGGCUAGUAAUUUGAUCCAUGUCGCCAUCCGCGCGGACUUACAGUAUGGUGCAAAACUGAUUCAAUGA